AUGUCAGAUGUCAAUGUCGGAUCCAUCCUCUGGGACCCCAAGUACACCUCGCGAGCGCCCCCGGGCCGCCUCAAGCCAGUCCACGCAGGCACCCUCGCCAUCCCCAACCGCACCGACUCGUCUAUCAGCGUGCGCAAUCUCGCCGACGGCUCCACGGCGCCUAUUGUGCCGACCAUGGACAACCGCAGGCAUCCCAGCUCCUUCCAGCAGCUGGAGAAGCUUGGAGAGGGCACCUAUGCCACUGUUUUCAAAGGCCGCAAUCGGCAGACAGGAGAGCUGGUAGCCCUGAAGGAAAUCCACCUCGACUCGGAAGAGGGCACGCCGUCCACUGCCAUCCGUGAGAUCUCUCUUAUGAAGGAACUUCGUCACGAGAACAUCGUCUUGCUGCAUGAUGUCAUACACACCGAGAACAAGCUCAUGCUCGUGUUCGAAUACAUGGACAAGGACCUGAAGCGGUACAUGGACUCUCGUGGCGACCGAGGCGCCCUGGACCCUGCCACGAUCAAAUCGUUCAUGUACCAGCUCAUGAAGGGUACUGCAUUCUGCCACGAAGCACGAGUCCUCCACCGAGAUUUGAAGCCCCAGAACCUGCUCAUCAAUAACCGUGGUCAACUGAAACUGGCUGAUUUCGGUCUGGCACGCGCUUUUGGCAUUCCAGUCAAUACCUUUUCGAAUGAAGUCGUCACCCUGUGGUAUCGUGCCCCAGACGUCCUCCUAGGUAGUAGGACCUACAACACCAGCAUCGACAUUUGGUCGGCCGGCUGCAUCAUGGCAGAGAUGUACACGGGACGACCCCUCUUUCCCGGCACAACAAACGAGGACCAGGUACAAAAGAUCUUCAGGCUCAUGGGCACACCAUCAGAACGCUCAUGGCCUGGUAUCUCGCAGCUGCCAGAGUACAAGAACAACUUUCCCGUCUACUCUACCCAGGAUCUCCGCUUGAUCCUCCCACAAGUCGACCAGGUAGGCCUCAACUUGCUCAACAGUAUGUUGCAGCUUCGGCCAGAAAUGCGCAUAUCAGCUGCGAACGCUCUCCAGCAUCCCUGGUUCAACGACCUGCCCCAACGACAGCAAGAGCUUGCGCAGCUCCAGGCGCAGGCGCAGGCUCAGGCACAACAGGCACAGAUGGGUGGCUAUCAAGUACCACAGAACGCCUAUUAG